CACAGGUGCCGCGGAAGUUUACACGUGCUGCGGCGCAUCCCUCCGCGUCUUUUGGGCAUUAUCUGGGAUAACGUGAAAGAGACUGUAACUGGCGGCCAUCCGGCACCCACUGAUCCUGUGGUUGUCUCAGCCUCGGCCCCCAGAGCAGCAGUGCCUUCCCCCUGCCCCCCCCCCCUGUUGGACCAGCAGCUCAGCGUGGCGAGGCCGGGAGCGAUGGGCCGGAAACUGGACCUGUCGGGCCUGACGGACGACGAGGCGGAGCACGUCCUGAAGGUGGUGCAGCGGGACAUGAAGCUGAGGAAGAAGGAGGAGGAGAGGCUGAGUGAGAUGAAGCAGGAGCUGGCGGAGGAAGGCAGCAGAUGCUCCAUCCUCUCCAAGCAGCACCGCUUCAACGAGCACUGCUGCAUCCGCUGCUGCGCGCCCUUCACCUUCCUCAUCAACCCCAAGCGCCUGUGCCUGGACUGCCAGUACAACGUCUGCAAGACCUGCUGCACCUACAACAAGAGGGCAAGCUGGCUGUGCGCGGCAUGCCAGAAGGGCAGGGUUUUGAGGACACAGUCUCUCGAAUGGUAUUAUAACAACGUAAAGAGUCGCUUCAAGAGGUUCGGCAGCGCCAAGGUCCUGAAGACUCUGUACAGGAAGCACAUCAUCGAGAGAGGAGCGCUCUCCGAUCUGCCCGAAAGCAGCGUUCACGAGGGAAGCACCGGCAACGACAACGAUGGCAGCAUCUGCGGCAGCGAUUCCGCCUUCUACAAACAGAGCGAAGGACACAGCAUGGCCGAGACGCUCACAGUCGCCCUGCGUGUCGCUGAGGAGGCGAUAGAGGAGGCCAUCGCUAAGGCGGAGGAGUUCAGUGACAGCUUGGAGAAGCAGAAUGAAGCUCGCUAUCUGCAGGACCACAAAGAGGAGCUCAUAGAGGAACUCGCCACAACAAUCGUACAAAAAAUCAUCCAGAGGAGGAAGCGCUCAGAGAUGCAGACAGAGUACGACUCUGUCUGGCCCCAGCCUCAGACUCUGAUCCAGUCCGGUGAACUCUCCUCCCCGUCACAGCCUCAAGCGUCUUCUCAAGCCCCCCAGGACCCUCUGAAGACCUCCUACUCCCUGUGGCGCUCGCGGUCAGCGUUCUCCCUCACCAGUGACGACUCCCCAGAGAAGGGUCCAGAGGAAGAGGGGGGGGCCCAGGCCGGCGGCGGGUUCCAGGAUUACGCUUCUCUGAAGAGGGAGGUCAAGGCCACAUCACUCCCCAGUUGGAAGAGUGUGGACCGCCUGGACAACUCCAGUGCGUCCUCGGUGCUGCAGAGCCCGGACGGUAACUGGAUCGCCCUGCACAGCUCGCAGCUCUCCCGGCCCAGCCUGCUGACCAAGAGGAAGAGCCUGGUGUUCAGCGCACUGGAGAAGGAGUCCGGCGUGGUGUCGGCGUACGACGAGAUGGGCUCCGACUCGGAGCAGGACGACGAGGGCGGCUGGGGCGCGGCGCUGCGUCAGUUCAGGCGCAAACUGUCCGACGAGACGUACUACACGGACUCUCAGCACGACCCCGAGUGGACGUACACGCAGCACCUGCCCGUCACCUCCCCCUCCUCCGGACAGUACACCAACACAGAGACGCUCAACUCGGACUCCGAGGCCUCAUCGGUGCUGUCGGCAUGUCCCCGCAAACCCCCCCACAACCUGCUGAGGAAGAAAGGCCCCCCGGAGACACACCUGCACCCCCACCACCAGCCGCUGUACCACCAACACCUCCCCCAGAACCUCUCCCCGUACCCGCUGCACUCAGAGGCCCUGGACGUCAACUUCAACCCCAAGGUGACGGGGGACAGCAGCGAGGCAGAGGAGAGGCAGAUCGACCCGGUCCGGAGGUCGCGGCGGCGCAGGAAAAGCAAGAGAGAGUCUUCAUCAGAGCAGAAAGCUGCCGGGAGCAACACUCAGUCCAUCUACCCUCUAGCACAGGAGAACAGUGGUUUCCUCCUCAACGCUCUCCUGAAGCGGGGCCUCAGUGAGGAGCAGUCAGCACCCGACACUGUGCCAACAGCUGCACCGGACGCCUUCAAAUCAGACGCCAUGACACCCGAGCCAGAGGACCUGGACACCGUGGCCCAGAAUUCAGCGGUGCCCAGCCCUCCGCAGCCCUACCCUCUGGUGGCCCAGGGGCCCCAGCCUGCAGACUCUCUAGAGGAGGAGCUGAGGGCCAGACUCAGCCAGCUGGUCAGCCGGGCUAACAGCAAAGACUGCAGCUCGUCGGAGGAAGAGGAGGAGAGGCCAAAAGACACCGACAGACAGACAGGAAGUGACAGACUGAGUCAAGAGAGAGAGAGAGCAAGUGAGACGGUGGAGCAAGGGAACAGGCCAGAGGAGAGACUAAUAAAGAGUCCUUCAGAGAGGGAGGAGAGGGGGCUAGAGAUGGGGGUUGAGUGUUUGGAAGAGAAGCUGGAAGAGUCGGAGCCAAAGAGAGGAGACAAGAGACAAAGCAAGAGACAACACAAGAGAGACGUGGAGAAGGAGGCGGGACAGAGAGGAGGAGCAAGGAAGAGUGGGUCCAGCGGCAGUUCACCCGCUGUUACUCCGUCCUCCCAGGAGGGGGUGCUGUCAGACAACCAGAAGUACUCGGCGGCCUCUCUCUGCAGCAUCACCACAGAGGUGCUGAAGGUGUUGAACGCCACAGAGGAGCUGAUCGGCGAGGCAGGAGGGGAGAGCUACACCCCGGCUGAGCCCGUCAGCGACUCCCCCGUCUCCAACAGCUCCGACACCCGCCGGCUGGACCAGAGGCUCACCAAGAUGGAGGAGAACGUGUACCUGGCUGCAGGUGCAGUGUACGGGCUGGAGGGGGCGCUGGGGGAUCUGGAGGAGUGUGCGCGCAGCAUUCAGAGCGGCACCUCCGACACAGAGCUGUCCUUCCUGGAGGACCAGGUGGCCACCGCCGCCGCUCAGGUCCAGCAGUCUGAGCUACAGAUUUCGAACAUCGAGGCGAGGAUAUCAGCUCUGAAAACAGCUGGGUUGAAUGUGGCUGUCUGCAAUCAUUUCUCCAAGUUCAAGCCAAAGGCCAAGCCUCAAACCCUGGACUCAUCACGCCACCAGAGGAGGAAGCUCCCAGCCCCUCCACUAAAAGAGAAGUUGGAGCCAGAGCAACAGGUGAAAGUGUUUCGGCCGUAGUGACAGCAGCACAAGGAGUCCCUCAGGGCCUUUUCAAAGCCCCAGGGACGGGGGCCCCUCUCAUCCAGUGCCUUGACCCAGUGUUCGCCUCCAGGCCAAGCAGGGUCCAACACCUGCCCUGUGACCCUCCGAGCACUCAGCCCUCAGCCAGGCACGGUACCGUGUCAGUCAAAUACCGUCCAGAGAGACGACUGGCUCUUUCCACUGUAUCCUCCAUUUCUUCACCACAUGACAUAAAGCAAGGAUGACUCGACAGUCUCUGCCUUAAAAAUCUGCAAACAAUCCUCAUGACCCGACAGAAAAAGAACAUCUGUACAGACGAACAUGACUCUCAUUCCCUUUUCUAUCUGUUUGCAAGAGUAUUGUGAUUUACUGUUCAAUGAAGACGUGGAGAAAUCAUGUGAAACUUUCUGUGAUCCAGUGUUUUAUACUGCAUCCUCUUUAUCAUACUCUAAGUCCCCUCCUCUGAGCUUUUAUGGAUGAUUGUCCAUUUCCACACACAGCUAUCAGAUAGUAAUCCUCAUUCGGGGAAUGAUUGUAACACCUUUGAUAUGUUAACCAUUUUAGUUAUUCAUGCACUUGCCAGAAAUAAGGGUUAAGAUACACAAGGUAUCAGGUCUAAGACUGUUUCUGCCCUUCCUUCCUGCCACUGAAAAUGCUAGAUGGCUAAAAAGGAAAAACAAAGCACAUUUGAAAAAUCAUCUACCCUUAUUUACGGCCUCAAAUAAAAUGGUUAAAAUAUUGGUUGAAAUUUAUGACUACAUUAACAGGCAAAGAUCAAUACUACCGUAUCAUUUGUACUGUGACCAUGAAGCCCGUUAGCUUAGCUUAGCAUAAAGACUCUAGUUAGCUAACUUGACUUCAAAAAGGUUAUGAUAUUAGCCGAGCAGUUCACAUUCAUAUAUAUAUAUAUAUAUAUAUAUAUAUAUAUAUAUAUAUAUAUAUAUAUAUAUAUAUAUAUAUACAGAUAGAGAUUUAUAUGUUUGUUUUAACUGUACAAAAGAUAGACAGAUAUUGUUCCGUCAGAAAGAGCCAGGCUAAAUGUUUUGCCUGUAUUUCAGUUUUUAAGCUAAGCUAAGCUAACCAGCAUUAGCUUUAUAUCAAGGCUACAGACACAUGAGUCUCAUUGGAUGGAAACGUAUCCCAUAAUGUCCAACUUCAAGAUGCUAGCUGUAGAAGAAGUGCUCUCCUAUUUAUUAAAGUAAAGCUGAGUAGAAACACACACAGCCUUAAUGUGAGAGCUAUGGGCUUUCCAUUGAAAAGAGUGAAACUAAUGUCUAAUGUCUGAAUGUCAGACGAACUCAGCUCAGGUCUGACAUUCAGGUUUGGUCUGCCAACUUUCCCCCAUUCAGUAUUCUUCAAGUCAUUUUCUUUGUUUACUUUCAAACAUUGUGGCCUUUUUUUUUUUAAACAAAAAGGUAUUUUCAUGUUUUAACCUUUCGCUGUCCAGACCUUUGUGUUGCAUUCAUUCAAUCGUGCAAAGAUUUUUUACAUAAUGAAGUCACAUGGGCUAUAAAACUAAUGCCAUGAAACCAUGAUUUUGUUACAAGCAAUUUAUUUUUGUACUUACUGAACGUUUUUAUGCAAUAUCACUGAUAUAAGUACUAUUGCACAUUGAAGGCUUUAUUCUCUCCUCAAAGGAGCCCUCCUCAGUCAGUCCUCUCUCAUGACUCAAAGUGCUUUCAGUGUACGCCUGCAUUUACCAUUUGAUAUUCUGCCAGUAAUGAGGAUGGUAAAUGGUGCAAAAACACCGGUGUCAACAGGCAUCUUUGGAGCGGCUAGUACGAUUCACACUGUGUUUGUACUUCUUAAACACUAGAUUGAGAAUACUGCCUUUCAUCUUUGGUUGUUUUCCUUUACUCUGUGACCACCUGCAUUAGUCACAAUCUCCGUUAGCCAUGCAUACGGUUGUCAAAGUUUCUGCAGAGGUUUUUUUGCUUGAAGUAAAAAAGGUGUGAUGAUCCUCUGUAUGAAUGCAUCCCCGCUUCAUCCCAGCCUUUCACUUCUCGGGUUUUGCACAUUGAUCCUGUACUUUUUGUCAAUCUUGUUCUCCGGAGGUGUCGAUGUAUAAAACGCAUGUUUCUGGUUUUAUCGAAAUUUGAUGUGAAAAUGUCCCAUGAAGAAGCACAGCCACAAGGGUCCAAUCAUCAGUGUCCUGUAUUUUUCUAAUGUAAAAAAUAUAAUAUUAUCUCAUCACAGAAUUUAUUAAUAUAUGUAUAUGUGUGAAAAGAUGGAUAUGAUAUAGAAUAAUAUGUGUAUUGCCCAAUCAUAGUUGACCAAUCUUUCAGUGUUGUGUGCAAGAGACUGUGUAUAUUGUCCUGAGGGCGGGGGUCACGCAGGAAGUCUAAUCUGCAGACAGAUCUCACUUUGUUUGAACCCAGUGAGAUUCAGGACUCUCACUGUAUGUGCAAUCGUUUGUUGCGCUCCAUAUGACAUGUUGGGGACAUAUUAUCAAGCAAAAAAUACAGAUUCUCUAUGUGCCACAGGAGACAAAGAUGUAUUAUGAAAUGAAUAAAAUUUACAAACUUCAAAA